CAUUAAUGUGUAUGGUGAAAGAAUUGGAAGCUAUGUAAGGGUUCUCUGAGCAUUGUAACUGGUUUACUUCUGAGUAAACCAGUUAAGCGUGGGGCUGAAUGAGAGUCUUUUGUUACGUCACACAAAACACAGGUGCCUGUGAAGGGAGGGGCAUGAUGACAGAUGAUGUGGUCGGCUUUGAACAUCACCAGAGAGAGUUCGAGAGACACCUUUCAGUCAGUCAGAGCUGCAAUGCUUGAUGAGAAGUGCAAGAGUUCUCCUUUGAAAAUUGUCAUUAUAUGAAAUUUUCCUUUCCUUUUGUUUGUCCACGCUCAACAAAAUAGAUUUAACUCCUCCAGAACUAAAGAUCCACCACAUCUAUCAACAUGGAUAAGUUUCGUAUGAUGUUCCAGUUCCUUCAAUCUAACCAAGAAUCUUUUAUGAACGGGAUCUGUGGCAUCAUGGCACUAGCUAGUGCUCAGAUGUACUCUGCCUUUGAAUUCAGCUGCCCCUGUAUGCCAGAGUACAACUACACCUAUGGGAUCGGACUCCUUAUUGUUCCACCUAUAUGGUUCUUCAUGUUAGGUUUUGUAUUGAACAAUAAUGUGUCAGUGCUCGCCGAGGAGUGGAAAAGACCCACAGGUAGACGGAGGAAGGAUCCUUCAAUCCUUCGCUACAUGUUUUGUUCAAUCACACAGAGAUCCUUGAUAGCACCUGCGGUCUGGGUGUCUGUCACUCUCAUGGAUGGGAAGAGUUUCCUCUGUGCUUUCAGCAUCAACUUGGAUAUUGAGAGGUUUGGGAAUCUUAGUCUUAUCAAGGGGAUGUCAGAGGCGGAGAAGAUAAAACUGCUGGCAAAGAUUCCAUGCAAAGACCUGUUUGCACAUCAGGAAACAAGAGUGGCAGCCACAAAAUAUAUCAAGUGUAUAUCACAGGCAUGUGGAUGGAUGUUUUUGCUCAUAAUGACCUUCACGGCCUUCAUGAUCCGCGCUAUUCGACCGUGCUUUACCCAGGCCGCUUUCCUCAAGACCAAGUACUGGUCUCAUUACAUUGACAUUGAGCGCAAGAUGUUUGACGAGACCUGUAAGGAACACGCCAAGAGCUUUGCCAAGGUUUGCAUCCACCAGUACUUUGAGAACAUCAGCGGGGAGAUGCGCAGCUUCCACCGCCAUCGCUCCUGCAAGGAUGACAGCGAUGAUGAUGAUGAUGAAGACAAGAGGAGAAGUGAUGAGGAGAAGCUUCUGGGUAUCAGGGCCCAGGAUGAUAUGAAUAAAGUUUUGUGGAACUGGCACACCUGUAAGCCAGCUCUAGCUCUGAGAAAGGACCAAAUAGAUGGUGAAAACAAUGGCAGACUGAAUGGAGAAGCCAAUGGAGCACUAAAUGGGUUUGUGAAGGGACACACCCAUGAUGUGGGCAAAAAGGAAUGGGCAGUGUAUUACAGUAAGGUCUGAGGAGUUCAAAGAGAAAAAGCUCCAUUUGGAUCUUCUUUAGCUUUCCAACAGUUAUGUUCUUUCAGACUUAAAUGUAUGAAAACUUUAUUUUUAGAAUUUGUAAACUUCAGGUAGAAAUGUAAUACUAAUAAUCCAAUUUAGUGGAAAAAUGUCAUAAUAUUGUUGGUUCACAUACUCCCAAUACUAGACAUCUCAGAAGAUGUCUAGUACUGGGUGUAGUCCAGAUCUUGUUGUUUGUACUGUUGUUAUAGCUAUGAUUUAUCUAUAAAUCAUGAUUUACUAUUUAAAACACACUCUGCCACUACUCUCUGAGGGACUGAGCUUGGCAAAAAAAAACAAGUUUGCUGCAGAGGUAGAGCUGCUGUAUCAGGCUGAUACAGUAAAUUCUUAUUACAGCAUCCUGGAGAAUUUCAUUAUCAUAUCAAUAUCACUGAUAAUGACGCUAAUGAACGUUUGUGUUGCUCACAAGUGUGGGGCCAUAUGCACAAGGAAAAAGCUGCUUGCUGCUCCUUACUUAAAAGCAAAACUAUGCAUCUUUCAAACAAAGAAAUAACACAAUGUUUCUCUUGCAAAUUAAAAGCUGAAUUUAUAAACAAUAAAAUAUACUCAUGCACAAUUCAAUACACUCAGUUUUCUCUGCUACAGCCUGAUCUGGUCAGAUAUGGCCAAUAGCUUAUGGUGGCCAAUGUUAGCUCAUGUUAGCUAACUUAAGCUAGAUACUGUCCCUUUUCUGACAUUAUGGCUCUUCUAUAGUUAUGCUACUGAUACAGUAUAUUUUAGCAUUUACU